CAAGAGGCGGGAAGAGAACUCCAACUUUCUUAAUGGCAAUUGGCUCUCACAUUCAAUAUUGAGCCACAUUCGACCAGUAUCGGGUGCUCUUGUGCAGCAAGGCUGUGAGGAUGCGUACCCUAUUCGUGCGCUGUACGGACCAUCUGAAUCAUCCUUGGCUGCUGCCCUUUCCUCCCACAUAACAUGACGAGAAUGCCAAUAGGCUGCUAGCAUUCCUUGAGGAAGAAGGGUGAAGAGAUGGAAGCAGAGAGGACCGAGUAUUUCUAUAUAAUGGUGGUCACUCUCACAAGUCGAGCCUGAGUUCUCUCUCCUUUCUUCCUCUCUAAACACACAAGACGAGAACCCCUUUCCCUCCUCUUUGCAGAACCAAACUGGUACCAAACUCUUACUCAUUGCCCUCGUCCCCCAUCCAACCAUCCCAGCAGUCACAAUGGCCACCUCUGUGGAGGACUUCAAGCAUAGUACAGGUGCGGGCGGCGCCAAGGCCAUCGUCAACAACGAGCCCACCGGCGGCUCCAGCACCCACAACCCCAAGGCCUUCGACUUCACCGAUGGCCUGCACCCGGUCGAGGAGAUCACCGUCUGGGUCGCCGACGGAAGCGGCAACUACCACAACCGGAAGCUGAUCAAGGCGCUGAAGGUCAAGUACCGGAACAACGGCGAGACGACUGACAAGAUCGGCAACGAGACGGGAACCUCGUACACGUUCACAUUCGACAAGGGCGACAAGGUCGAGUCGCUGGUCCUGUGGACGGGAGACCGCGUGGACAGGAUUGAGCUCAAGGUCGCGAAUCGCAAGGACUCGUGGAUUCAUGGCGGCACCGACACCUCGGACGGAAAGGGCGGCACGGCUCACGAGCAGGAGCUGGGGAAUGGCAUCCUGCUUGGCUUCAAGGGCAAGGCUGAUGACAAUGAGCUUCUCUCUCUUGGCGCGAUCUUUCAGGAGAACGCUGAUGUACGCACGACGUCUUGAUCAGCUUUGGGGUAGGCCCGGCGAGUACUACUACUAGUAGGAAUCAGAUGCCGGUUGGAUUGGUAGUGCGAAUAACAUCACGUUGCGUCUUUCUUAAAUCAUCUGUCGUCUUUUUCGCCUUUAGCCGUGCGUGCUCUUAGCGCAGAAUGUGCACAUCUUCGGUAAGCUCAUCCAAGGGUAACUGGUGGUACUAAUAAGGCCAAGCCAUCAUUGGCCGCUGCUUGUCCGGAGAGGAUCCGCGUCCCGCACCUCCUGCUGCGUGGUCGCCUG